AAGUAUAAAAAGCGGCCGGAGGAGAAGCCUCUACUUAAGAAAGUAAUAAAUGCAGGCGUAAAAAAUAUAGCAGAGUAUUACUAUUAUAAAAUUGUUUAUAAUAAAAGUGCUGCUGUUAAUACCUGCAAUAGUUUGCGCGAAGGGCUCAACAGUAUUACGCGAAAGAGAAACAUCCUCUAUCGCGAUAUAUUAGCCGGAAAUAUUAUACUUAAAAAGGAUAAAGACAAUAGUUUCCUAAUUAACCUUAACCUUACUAUUAAAGUUAACCGUAAAAAGGUAUUAGGCGCGCUAAGUAAGACCGGCACUAAGGUGUUUAUAGCAAUUAGUGCUUUUUACAGCAAAUACUAUAACUUUAUAUAUAAUUUAGAGUUGUUUUUCUAG